AUGGUUAUCGAUACUAACAAGUACACUAAUAUCCAUCAAAGUAAUGAACUCUGGCUCCCUGCCGACAAGAACGCAAUUUUUGCGCUCAUCAUUCUGAUAGUUUUGUUGGUUUUCAUUUACAUACUGCUCAACAAAAAACUAAUUCUCUGCGGAACUCCGUGGACGACCACCAACACACGCCCUCGCGUCGAGAACGUUUAG